UUCAUAGAAAAGUGGCCUGACAUUUCAUCUCACUGGUCACUGGAAGUCUGGAACAAAUUUGAAAAUGCCGAGAGAGAAGAAGCCGGUUGCUGUCGCCUCCAGGAGCAAUGGUCACGUUCCAAACGGUACAACUGAGAAGAUCACAGCCAAAAGCAAGAAGCCACAGCACAAAGAGACUUUUGACCAAGUCCCUCUUGAUCGGGCCAUCACAACGUACUUCAGCUACGCUCUUAUGAUCUUCUGGGGCUACAUAUGGGACGCCCUGAGACAAAUAGGACUCAUAAAAGACGGACACGGAGAGGCCACCUGCAAAGAUGAUCUCUUCAAGUUAAAGAUGGAAUGGACCGGAUUUUACACUCGUAACGUGUACAGGAGAAUGAGAGACUGCUUCAAUAGACCGGUCUGUGGAGUCCCUGGAGCUUAUAUUGAUCUGGUGGACAGGAAGAGCGAUGACUUUAACUGGACCUUCAAAAACGUGGGCACAAAGACCAGAUGCUUAAACCUUGGCUCCUAUAAUUACCUUGGUUUCGCCGAGGAGAAAGGCCCCUGUGCUGAUGCAGCCAUACAGUCGAUACAUGAAUAUGGAGCCGGGACAAACAGCUCAAGAGUCGACUUGGGGACACUACAAUGUAUACAGGAUUUGGAGGAAAAAGUUGCAGAGUUUGUGAGGAAGGCAGCAGCAAUAGUUUUUGGAAUGGGAUUCAGCACAAAUUCAACUAACAUACCAGCCCUUGUUGAAAAGGGAUGCUUGAUACUAAGUGAUGCGCUGAAUCAUGCUUCAGUUGUUACAGGGGCUAAGCUCUCAGGAGCAACGAUUAGAGUUUUCAAGCAUAAUGAUAUCGAGUCUCUUGAGUAUCUAUUGAGAGAAGCCAUUGUCAAAGGACAACCAAGAACACACCGUCCAUGGAAGAAAAUACUAAUCAUUGUUGAAGGAAUAUACAGUAUGGAAGGAUCUGUGCCAAGGCUACACGAGAUUAUAGAACUAAAAAAGAAAUACAAGGCAUACUUGUAUCUUGAUGAGGCUCAUAGUAUUGGAGCUAUGGGUCCCACUGGUCGUGGAGUCACUGAGUACUUAGGUGUUGAUCCUGCGGAUGUCGAUAUAAUGAUGGGAACAUUUACCAAGAGUUUCGGUGGAUGCGGUGGCUAUAUUGCUGCUACUGAGGACAUCAUUAAUCAUCUUCGUAGCCACUCCCAUGCUGCUAUAUAUGCAUCAGCAAUGAGUGCACCGGUUGCACUACAGAUCCUAACAUCAAUGAAAAUAAUAAUGGGAGAGGAUGGAACCAAUGAAGGGCAAAAACGUGUCACUCAAUUGAUUGAAAAUACCAGGUAUUUCAGGAAACGCUUGAAGGAGAUGAAGUUCACAGUAUAUGGUAAUGAUGACUCACCUGUUGUGCCCAUCAUUGUAUAUCAGCCAGGAAGAAUACAAGCAAUAUCGAGGAAACUGCGUGAAAAGAAGAUAGCCGUGGUGGGCGUGGGCUAUCCAGCCACUUCAAUAGUUGAAGGGAGAAUAAGAAUCUGCCUCUCGGCUGCACACACCAGGGAGAUGCUGGACACUGUCUUGAAGGAGUUUGGUGAUAUUUGUUCGACUCUGUGGAUGGGAAACGACACCGUUAAAGAUAAAACGAGCUGAAAGUGGCCAAAAAAUAAAGCUAUAAUAAUAAUAAUAACAAUAAUAAUAAUAGUAUAGUAAUUACCUUGAGAAUAGCGUUAAUAACAAGCAUUAUUAUGACAUCAAUUUUAAAAUCCUUA